AUGGUGGGGAGCCUAAGGUUCAUUUGUCACACUAGGCCUGAGAUUUCAUACAGUGUUGGCUUGGUGAGCAGGUUCAUGAGUGAGCCAAGACAUCCUCACUUGAUAGCUGCCAAGAGAAUUCUGAGGUACCUGAAAGGAACAUUAUCAUUUGGCAUCUUAUUUCCAUUCCAAGAUGAGAAGGUUGGGCUACAACUUGUAGCCUAUUCAGACUCUGAUUGGUGUGGUGACUUGGUGGAUCGAAAGAGUACUAUGGGGUACAUUUUUACCUUUGCAGGUGCUCCUAUCUCUUGGUGUUCUAAGAAGCAAUCAGUAGUUGCUCUCUCAACAUGUGAGGCUGAAUACAUCUCUACUUGCUCAGCUGCAUGUCAAGCAUUAUGGCUCCAUACUUUGCUUCUUGAGUUGCAAAUCAGUGUUGGUGAUUAUGUGGAGUUACUGGUGGAUAAUAGAUCUGCUAUAGACCUGUCCAAGAACCCUGUAUCACAUGGACGCAGCAAGCAUAUAGAGAUCAAGUACCACUUUCUCAGAGAUCAAGUCAGCAAAGGAAAGAUUAGAAUCAAGCACUGCAGUACUGACCUACAGCUUGCAGACAUUUUGACAAAGCCAUUACGUGCAGACAAGUUCAAAGAUUUUAGAAGACUAAUUGGUGUUACUUCCAUCCAGUAG